AUGGAAGGGGAUAUUUGGGCGAAUUUCGGCUCUGUGGCCACAAAUAGUCAGGUAAAAAUUUUUUUCUAACUUACGAGGUUCAGCAACUUCUACAUUUUGUGUAUAUAUAGUAUUAGUAAGUUGAAAUUAGCAAGGUAAGCUUAAAUGGUACCAAAAGUCACAGAAAUAUGAAAGAAAAUCAUGUUUAUUGGCUGACCGAGCAUAGCUUUAACGACUAUAGUCGUUUUAGGCUAUGACUUUGUCCCAAUGCCAAUGUACCUAAGACAAACAUGUUAAGACACACAUGGACAUCUUAACACAAAGAUAAUAUAAUCUUGAGAAAUAGAUAAGUCUUAUCUGAACAAGCAGUAACCGAUGGUUAGGAAAUGCAGUUUACCUAAGGGAUGCAAUUAUUGAUGAGAAUUGCUUUCACAUGUGUACGUUAAUCAAAGUUAAAGAGCCAUUUAUCUAGUUCCAGAGAAAAUAAAUGGAAUCGUGGUAGGUUAUAAAUGUGGAAUUGUGGAGAACACAGUAAAUAAGACUAAUAUAUUUGAAGUCAACGAUUUUUUUUAUAGUUGCUGAGGUAUAGUUAACCAUGUGAAAGAUGAGGAGGGAGGAGAGAUGGCUGAAGAAUAUGAGGAAGAUUUUGGGAAAACCUCGAUAAACUGACCAAGAAUAGUCUGUGGGCUGACUUUCGUUCACCUUCAAUAAAUCAGUCGAACUUUUUUUUAUACUUUUUACACUUAUAAGACUUGGUCUUGGAUUGACGUGAAGUUUAAAUAAUUAUGAUAUUACUUCACUAGUCUCACUCUGCUUGAUCAUGUAGAUAGCUUUGGAUUAUUAUGGUUAUUUUACACUCUAACGUCUCUGUUUCAGAAUGCCAGCAUUGAUGAUGAUGAUGACUGGGCUGAUUUUGGUGGUUUUGAGGUAAAGCACCCUCUCUCUAAGAGUCAAAUAAUUUAUGCCAUAAGACUGUAUUGUUGCAGGAGUUCUGACCCCUUCCCCUAUGUAACGAAUGACUGUUUUUUUUUUUUUUAAAAAACUCAACUGGUUGGGCACCAGACUUCAGAUCAACAAACCCUGGACCUUUAAUUCCUUGAUGGACCAAACCCCAGAGUCAAAGUAACUGAGGAGAAGGUGCUCCUGUUUUUCACAUGUCCAAAUAGUUUGACCGUCUAUAUUGUCUCAAAUUAGGAUGAAAAACUUGUAGGCCCCAUCUUACAAUGCUUUCACUUAAUCUGAACCACAAGGAGCAGAACAAAAAGCAAGCUAAAGCUAAAGCAGAACUUUUGGAUCAGUCACUUGGGUGCUUGACUUAAAAUACUGUAAAAAUCCAAACAAAAGCUCCUCCAGGGCUUAUAUUUUUCAAAGGCCCUUUUGGAGGGGCUUAUAUUUAAAGGGGUGCUUUAACCCAUUCGCUCCUGGAGAUUUUGCCGAAAAACGCGUUUUGAAGCUAGUCGAGUGGUUUUCUGGUCACUGUCGUGCUAUAAAGAGCUAAAACUUACCGUAAACCGGUUUACAGGUCGUACACUUGGCGGCCUUCUGAUCCAGAUGCAAAAUAUCAGCUUGCGAAGUUCGGGCAUGCGCAGAAAGCAAAAUUUCGACAUAGUUUUUGGGUUUAAAAGUGACACAGCAGUCUUGACUUUUACUUUUCACUUUCUCUCCUCCCUUCUUUUUUCGCUUUUCUUGCCUCAUUUUUUUUUCUCUUGCUGGGCAUUUAGUAGGCUUCAUUUUGGUGGGAAGGGUUUUUAGGAAAGCUUUUAGGAUCUUAGGAUUAGGUGAAAGGAAAGGUAGGUGGGUAAUGGAACAAGAUUUUCAUGGAGAUUUUCAGGUCCUUGUCACGUGGUUUUUUGCUUCUUUCUCCGGUGUCCUUGACUGAAUUGUGCUCAUUCUGGUAUGGUUUGAAAGAUCUCCUCACUCUGCACAAGUUGGCGAAGAAAGUUGUCCUUGACCGUUAAAACUGAUGACGUCACAAAGGGUAGAAAGGACCUGGAUCCACAAGGGCGGUUACGGGCGGUUCAGGGGCGAAUGGGUUAAUGGAGGGUAUUUUGCAUUAUGAGUUUUGGGGGCUACAUGCAAGGGCUUAUUUUUGGAACUUUUUGGUAAUUAAUUGUUAUUACAUCAUAGCAGUUACCCCGGAAAAAUCUCCAAAGGAUUAUUCACACUUAAAGUUCGGCUUCCCUCCCUGAUAACUUGAAAACUAAGUUGGUGACCCCAGAUAUUAAUUUUUAUGAAGCUGAUUUUUUGCAAAAGUGGAAAAUGGGACAUCUGUGCACUGCAAAUUUCCUUUUGUAUUUUUUUUCAUUACUAUUAUUUCUCUCUGACGUCUCUUCUCAACUCUAAUAAAACAUUUAGUUACCCCCUCUUUUUAUUGCUCUAACUGGAGUUUUUUGUCUUGAAAAAUGCUUUAAUUGAGAUUUCAAAGAUUCCUGCAUACCUUUUUGCAUAAUGAUCACAGGUUACUCAUUUACUGUCUUGAAUUCCACUGUCUGUUGCACACGUACACUGUACACUUGCAAAAGGCUGUGCCCUAAGAAAAAUUCCAAGGAGCCCAAUGCUCUGAACCUGGGAAAUCCAGGGUGCCCAGCAUAGGAGUUCUAUGUAAAAACUGAGAUUUAAUUCCUAGUCACCCAAGAGCAAAGAUAAGGUGCCAGGGGCCACCAGGAACUGCUAGAGUACCUGCAACCCCGCUUGUAGUAGCCAAUAUAUAUACCACUUUUCAACCACCUGUUUUUAAUCCUAACAGUAUUCUUUUGGCCUAAACAUUAAAAAACCACUCAGACAUUGACUGUCAUUUUAUCAUCUUAUUUUUCCGCGAACUGCGGAAAGACAAAUUUAAAUGAAGAUAUGAUCAUUGCAGUGGUAAUUGCAAUUUAAGUAAUUGCAAAUUAACUUGAAAAAAAAAUCCAGGACUUCAACGUGAUUCAAACCCAUGGCCCCUCUGGAAGAGCAGAGGCCAUGGGCUCAAAUCCUGUUAAAGUCUUGAAAACUUUUUUUGCGGGAUAAUUUGCAAUUGCUUAAAUUGCAAUCACCACUGCGACAAUCAUAUCUUCAUUUAAAUUUUAAUGGCAUGAGGAAACUAAUAAAGAGGCAGGAGUAAUUAAUUUGAUGACUUCUCUGGUUUGUUUGUUUCUCCCAAUUUUUGUCAUGAUUGCAUGGUCACUAUAAAUCAAGAUUCCUGAGAUAUAUCAGGUGCCCAUGGUUUUCUGAGUUUUAGAGUGAAAUGAUUAUUCCUUUCUCAUUAUUUAAGUUACAUAUUUUGAUGUUUCCUUAGUCUGCUACACCAGCUGUGAAUGGCAGUAGCCAAUCAGGAUCUGUGAUACAAUGGGCAACAGUUGGAGUCCCACCUCCUGGAGAAUCGAGUCAUGCAACUUCUUCGCCACACCCUGUGUCAUCAUUUACACCUCCCUUUUUAACCUCAGCAGCUACGGAAAGUACAAAAACCUCCAAUUUGCCAAUGCCAAAUCCCCAAGACCAUUCAGACUUCAUUAACUCUUUUCUUUCAAGUGAUGAGGAUUUUUCUGCUCCAGUGACAUCUGAAUCAUCACAUGCAACAGCUACUGAGGAUGAUAAAACAGAAUAUGAUAGCUUUCAUGCUGAUUUCUCAUCAUUCCUAAGUGAGGCACUUAGUGAAACUUAUCAGCCAUUUUCAAGUGCAUCUCAGUUUGGUGACGUAAAGGCAGGCUCUAGUACUGAUAAUACUAGUAAGGCACCUGGGAGCUUGGUUUCUAUGAAAACAAAAAAUGAGGCAAAUGGUGAAGAUGUUGGCAUCACAGCAGUACUGAAACAGUCACAAGAGAGUGCGCCUGAUACAUUUGAUGGACCAGAAAACGAAGUUUCCACAGCUCAAGAUAUAUUAUUGGUAAAUUUGCAGAAGUAUUCAAUUAUUUUGAAGGUCCUUACAUAGUAUUAUGACAAUAGUUGGGCAAAAGGUCCAUUAAUUUGACAGUAGUGUUUUUUGUUAAAUAUGAGACAAUGUAGAUUAAAGCUAUACUUGUCAAGGAUUCUUCAUGAGAUUAUAGGACUUAAAAAGCUACUUGAAAUGUUCAUUUUGUCUUAUCUUUCAUCUUAAGCUGUCAGAUUAACACUUUGUUUUAGAUUUGUUUCAUUUGCCAUACUUUAUGCAGUGCUAAUAGUACAGACCAAUCCUACUGUUUUUCGUAGACUUUGAGGAGAUUUGUGUAUACAGUGUAUCUUCAAACAUGCAUGCAUUCAGGGUGAAAAUAAUAUAGAGUUUGAUUUAAUUUUAGAGGGAAGCAGAUACCAGUAACAAUGUGACAACUGGUAAACCCACAGCCUGCAAAUCCUUGAACUGUAAUGAGCACGCCCUGGAAACUAAUAAUUAUUGCGCUAUCCACUGGAUAGUGUGAUUUAUCCGGACCUUUCAAAUAACUGGGGCCAGAUUAGAAUAAUGCAAGUAAUAACCAGUACAUAUGGAAGUCUUGGGUUUUGUGUGGUUGUGGACAACAACAAUUAAUGUAAUCUAAAUCACAAGUGAAUGUUGGAAUCUGCAAAGAAACCAGUACUACUAUAGCCACCAUAGUGACAAAGUAGUGUACUAGCUGGCCCAUCAGCUAAAAUUGAAUGUUAUAAUCGCCCCCCACUACCAAACUCCCUUGUAUUUACUCUUAAUUGCUCUAUAUAUUCAUAAAGUUUUUGCCAUCAUUUCUUCUUUAAUAGGUGUCUCAGAAGCAGCCUAGUGCAGUGCUUGAUAUUAAGUCAGCAGGCAGCAACCACAAAGAAUUAUCUCAGCAACUUCUAGUUGCUGCAGAAUCUAAGAAGAAACUUGAGGACACAGUGAAAGGAUUAGAGGGAAAACUGUCAUUUGCUGAACAAGAGAAACUACAACUUCAAAAGGUUUGUGUCAUACUGAUAAGAAAAUAUGUUGUUUUUCAGUCUCUUUGAAAGUGUAUUUUUGUAUGUUUGGUAUGUCUUAAGUAGAGAAUUCCACCCAUUGUCGCCAUUUAUAACUCCUCUGUGCACAACGGGUCAGUCACACAGGUAAAGGAGACCAUGCUACCAGGAUUAAAUGUCUUACAUAAAGUCACGCCAUUGCACUAGACAGUGAGAAAUGCACCCAGUUUGGGACAAGAAAAUCGUAGAAAAUUAACAUUUUAUUAUUUAAUAUUUAAUAUUUAUUUGUUUAUAAUCACUUCCACCAUAUGGUGUGGAACACACUACAGAGCGGGGUUCCAUUUUAAGCGUGUCCUUACAAAUAACCCACCCAGCCAGGGAGAGAUUGACCACACCACUGGGGUUUAUGUCCCCUACUCUUUUCAAAUAUUGGGGUGGGUUCUUUUGUGUCCCACAAGAACCAUAUAUCAAGUGAAAGCGCUGUGAGACGAGACCUACCAUUUUUCGACUAGAAAGUCUAACCAUUUGUAGAUGUCAUUGCAAUGACCUUAAAUGAGAUUAAUUAGUUCCUCGUUUGCCCUGCACUAAUGUACAUGUAUUUUUUGCUUUAGUAUUGCAUUUUUGUAUCACAUGACUAUAACCAAAUGCAAACGGUCUAUUAAUAUAAUAAAUUAUAGGCAUUUGUUUAUUUUCUCUCUCAAGGACCUUGAGUCACUUUUGCAGAGGAACAAAUCCCUUGUUGAAGAAUCGGAGAAUCUUACAGAGGCUUUGGCUAAGCAGAGAGAGAAGUAUGAACAGCUUCAGGUAUCAUACUGUGAUCACAGUUACUGUGAUAGUAUUCUACAGUAAACUUUGUUAGCAGUAAUUACAAUGAUUAGCCAAGACUGGAAUAUGGUGCAAUGGAAAAGGAGACUUUCAUAUUAAGUGAAAAAGACCGUUCAAUGGAAACGUUAGUUUACAUUUUCCCACAGAAGAUCACAUUUUCUAAUUUCAUGAUAUUGGGUUUAUCAUACCCAAACAAGAAAUUAACGUCCCAGUAAAAUGACAACAUCUUUACUUUCAUGACCAAGACAUUUGUCUCCUGAGUGUUACCUAGUAAGAUAUAAACUUCUAUUAAAAAGUGACUGAUUGAACUGUGUACAUUGCAACCCUUUUGACCAUCCAUCUAUGCCUUCUUUCUUCUUUAAAAUGGGCCUUAAUUUUUCUGUUUAAAAUGGUUAUUUCAUAUUUCACUCACUUAAGUAAGUUGGAUAAACUGCAUCGAAUACCUUCUUUUAAUUAACGCUUUCACUGAAAUAAGAGAAGUCGAUCUGCAUUUAUAAUCAAGAGCGUCUUCUUAGUAUCUCAUCUGGAGCUCAGAAGUUUUUGCGAGCUUUCCAAUGUUAGAUUUCUCUUCUAAAUACAUGUUUAACAAUUAAUUAUACACCUAUAAUCUGGGCCAUAUUCAUCAAUUGCAGGAUCAGCAUAAGAAAGAGAUAGAAGAGAUUAGAAAAGCUGGCCAUGAUGCACUGGCAGUCAUUGUUGAGGAAUAUAAGGUAAUGUAUACCAGUCCUGUAGAUUUCGCCAGAGCUUUAAAAGGGAAGCUCCUGUUUCUGCAUUUAUAAAGUACUUCAGACAAUGAACUUGGAACCACUGCAAAGAAAUCCACAAAUCUAUAGUUAACUUUAGGUGGGGGCCAUUGACUAGCUGGUGAAAAACACAAACUUGAGCCUGCAAUCAAUUAAAAGCUAAUAACUGGGCAGCAGAAAGCAUAACAACGAUUGACCUUGAUGAGUUGGCACCUGAGCCUGCAAUGCAUUCAUUUGAUUCUGGUCGGCUGAUACCAAGACUUGACAGCUGUCAAUUGACCAUAAUAUGUAUGUCUAUUAACAAGUUAAAUACAUGUUUCAGGCUCCCACACCAGCUAGAAAAUGUGACAUUUCAUAUUGGUUUCCCUGUGGUGCAGACAGACGGGUGGACGGGUGUGUGGACGGCGUACAGUCAUCUGACGACCAAAAUUUCUCAAAUGCAUAGAUAACCAAAUUUCUUACCCAUGGUGCUCUGCUGCGUGCUUCAUGCACAUGACAAUGUGAUUUAGCUAUGAGCGAUCAGAGUCUUGCUCUUAAGAGUAAGCUUCAUCCUUUAAUAGGAGGUUAAUAAAAAGUACAAAAUGUACAUAUUUCAUUGCAGGAAUUAUCAAGAAAAGCUGUAUUGGAACAGCAGGAGAAGAAUAAAAUCCAGAUGGAAAGUAUUUUGGAAGAUCAAAGAAAGAAAUUCCAGGAGUUUCUUCAAGAACAGGUAGUUACAAGAGAAGAUAUUUUAUUAGAUGGACAAACUGCGCUAUCUACUGUACUUUUGUCCUCAAAGCAGGGCUUCUGAUUUUUCGCGCGGUCGCGGAGCCGCGAAAUUCAGGUAAAUCUGCGAAAUCCCGCGAAAUUUGGUAAAAAUCUUAUCAAACAGAUGCCUGUACAACAUAUCUGAAACUCAUUUCAGUUAUUGGGACUAUUCACUUGCUGUAAACUUGCAAAUUUAUCUUGAACAACGUCCCGAAACUACCAGGAGUCGAUUAUGUUGCGAAAAACUGGGCACUAGCUAUGAUGUUAAAGGCUUUGCCAUUGGUUCAUUUCGUGGGCGUAUUGUUGUUGAAAGAGAAAAUGAUGAUCUGAUCAGCGCAAAACCGACCGAUCUCCAGCGAAAUUUGCCUUGAAAAUAACCACAAAAUCGUCCGUGUUUUACCGAUUGCUUCUUGGCGAAGCUUGCCCUGAAAUUUCCCGCGAAAUUCCCGCGAAAUUGACUGAUUUUUCUGCGAAUUUGUCCCUAAAAAUCCCGCGGAAUUUGACUUUUUUCUCCGCGACCUAUCAGAAGCCCUGUAAUAAAGGGAUUAUCAUGAUGGGAAUAUUACUAUUUUAGGUCAUUUCUGUGCUGACGUCAUUACUUAGUACCUUUACCCAUACAGAAAAUGCUCCUGCACAGUUAAGAAGAAAAUUAUCAAUCAAAUUCGUCUGGGAGCACUAAACAAAUAUUUUUGGCCCGAAAGUUUUUUGACGAAUUGUGAAUAUAGGACAAUUAUUUUUGGAAUUCGAUUGAUGCAAUGACAUUUUCAAGUUUUUUUAACAGAGCAGCAAAUAGCGCGACAUAGCCUCUUUUAAUUCAAUUUGACAGGAGAGAGAAAAUAGCAUAAAUUUGUUUCGUUUGGAUGUGUCCGAUAGGUCCCUGUUAUGUAGCACUUUAGAGAUCUAUCAGAGAUCCUACAUUGUUCGCAGUCCCUCAUGAUUGUUGUGGUUAUGAGCAUAUUAAAUACGAGCGAGCAGGGCAAAUGCAUGACUUCUCCCUUGUUUGUUUGCCUCACUCGCUCGAGUGCGCCAUGUGAGACAAUCCAGAGGAAGCGUGUUACAGAAUGGUCGAGCUUCAAUAAAAGGCAAUUUUCAGUUUCCCUAAAACUCAUUUUUAGUGCAAGUGUGAUAGGAGGUUGGGUGUUAGCAUGACUUGACAAUCUUUUUUGUUUUGGUUGUUGUUGUUGUUUUUUCUUCAGCAAGAUAGUUUUGAAAGAAGGAUACAGGAGGAGAGGAAAAAUAGCACAGAGAAAGCCAAUAGUUUAUUAGAGGAAGAAAAGAAACAACACAAGGUUUGAUGUCUAUUUCUAUGUGAUGCGAUGACUCACCAUUCUAUAAGUGCUUUUGAAAGUGCCAUUUUGAACUUGAUAUGUCAACAGACAGUCAGGUACAUCAAGUAGUGGUCUUUCAAUGUGUUAAAAUAGACUUUCAAUGUGGAAAACAAACAGAAGAAAAUCAAUGUUUAAACUGUGACAGUUUAAGAAGUUUGGUUUUCUCCUGUUUGUUUUCCAGUGAAAAGUCGAUUUUAAUACUAGUCAUGAAUUUUUUUGAACAUAUAGAGUCAUAGCUGACUAAAGGUUAAACAAAUUCUGGAUUGUGAUGGGCAAGGUUGCCCACUCCGGUUCAGGAUUGCCCCCUCUGUUCCAAUAUGGAAACACUUUCUCUUCACCAUUAUGAUAUUAAAGCCCUUUAUUGAUCAAGCUUUUGUGGCCAAUUUGGCUGGAUGUUGGAUAAAAAAAUUUGCCUCCUUGAAGUUUCAUGCUGUUGCUUGUGACUAUUCAGUGUUAUUUCAGGGCAUCUUUUGUCUUUGCCAGGAACAAAUCGAAUACCAUUUGGAAGAAGAAAGAUUAAAGAGCAAAGAAGCAUUGAAGAAGGCUGUUGAGGUAUUGAAAAUGACUGAACUUUAGAGUAGCUUAACCGAGCUGUGCCUUGGGCUUCUGUCUUCUGUGAGUGAAGAAUUUUUGCAAUUUAUCGGCGGAAUUAACUGGGGUCAGGAUGAAACGUCAAACUUCGCAUUAGCCACUUAACCCUCGGACGACAAGCGGGGGCAAGGGUGCUGUGGUUGCCACCCUCCCCCUCCCCCUAAGGUUUUUCUGAUUUUUUCCUUAGAUGAUAAAACAUCAGCACCUGAAGUUUUCUGUAGCUGUUGGUUUAUCCCUAGUGCGCAUUUUGAGACAACUUUAGUGAUGGUCAGUAACUAUGGCGUUAUGAGAUAUGACGUCCUAAGUAGCAGGUGUUCAAGCCAUUUUUGAGUGAAAAUGCAUGUUUCUUCAACUUCUUUCAGGAAUAAAAGUAAAGCUUGUGGAUAAAGUGAUGCAAAGUAAUUAUUUAUGCGUUACUUUACAUGUUCAGCGCAAAAAAUUAAUUCUCACUGUUUUACCUGAUUUCUAAUUCUUGAUAAAAUUCAAGAUGGCGGCCAAGAUGGCAACCAUCUUGGUGACGUCACAGACCUCCAGCAGCGCCACCACCCAUAAAAUAUACCUUAUCUUGUAGAGAAGAUUUACUCUUAAAGAUCAAAGGCUUUCAACUGAAGGCAAAAAUCGUUUCGAAAUACUGCAACAUAUCAAAAACUCAAGGGGGGUUCAUCAACCGCUCCCCCCCCUCCUUGUACCAUGGUGGGGUUGUGACUUUGCGUGUACGUCCGAGGGUUAAAACCGGAAGGAAACUGGGUCGAGUGAACUUUCGCAAAGACUUCUGGGGCUGUUACUAGGGACAGAGGGGAGAGGGAAAAAAAUUGGCCAAUAGUCAGUUCUAAAGUGAUGACGUCGUAAAAUUUAAAGUUCUGAAAUUAUGAGAUUUGUCAAGAUAUUCUGAAAGAACAACGUCCAAGACGCAUACUUACCAUAAACUAGCAUUUCGGGGGAAAUUGUCUCUUAGAUAUUACCCCAGUUAUGCUCUGAUGACUCCAUACAAAUUCUUCUAAAUUUGACUUGGGUCUAAACGUUUAGAUGGGUUAAUAUUAUUAUUGUGAUUAUUUUGCGGUUAAUUUAAACAGGAAUCAAGACAGGAAGGAUUGGAAGCUGUAGAAAUUGCGAGAAAGGAAGAAAGACAUAAAUAUGAAGAAUUUGUUACUGAAUACAAGGUGUGAACAGUAUGCUGCCAUCGUUCAAAUUCUUAAAGGGCUACUCAUCAUCAUCAUCAUCGUUACUAUCAUCAUCAUCACCAUCAAAUCGUUUAUUUUUAAAAAAAUAUGAUAAGAAUUCCAAGUAAAAGCUUGUGGGGUCGUAUUGCAAGGGUAAAAAGUAUGAAACUACAAUAAUUCUCCCAAGAAUAAUGGCGUGUAAGGAAUUAAAGCAAAGUGUAUACAAGAAUUUUAAUCAUUUAAAAUUAUAAACACUAUGAAUAAAUGGCUAAUAGCACCAAAAGCCGAACAAGUUAAUAGCACUUACAAAAUCGUGCUCGGUCUGGGGAGCUGUACAGGAUCUCCAGCCCUGAACUGGUGAUCCUUUUGGAGCUGUAGAGAACGAAUGAACUGAAUGGGCGCUAUAAUCGAGAUCGUUAACAUGACGAUGGCAGUGAAAUUGUCACUAAAAAAAAAAUUAAAUUGCAUUCUUUCAAACCGGGUGGGUUUAUUUAGCCUCACUUAAUUUGACAAAUGUGAGCAGGUUUUCAUGGUUGUUCAAAGUUGGUCAAAGAUUGGGAAACUCGAAGUCAGAAAUGAAAGCUUGGAAGCGAAUUCAGUAAUUUUUGUCGAUGAAUUGAUGAACGGAUGUCCUAAAACUUUAUCGGUGAAAAUGUUUCUGAACAAAAAAGAGAAACCCGAAUUAAAAUUUAACCAAUUGGGCCAAGGUCUGUAUCCAAAAUCAGAAAGGAAAAGGAAAAUUUACGCCCUGUAUAACACGUGAAAGUAAGUUUCACGUUGUAAGUCGCGCAGUCGACGUGAAAGAAUGUACCAAACGGUGUGUUCCAAGUGUUUAAUGUUGUUAAAUGUUCAUCUUGACGGUCUUGUUGCCGUCGUCAUCGUAGUUUUAAGCUUCCAAUGUUUAAAUAUUGUUGUUGGCGAAAUAGCGACUAUUUAAGGCCGCAGUUUUGACACUGCCCAAGCAAUCGACCCCAAAAUUUUAAAGCCGUCAACUGGGAACACCCCAUAUAUUUAGCUGUUGUUUUUUUCGUACCGUAGGAGUCAGUGAAAUCUUUAACCGAUCAGGAAGGGAAGAGGUUACAAACUCUUGUGGAGGCGACAAUCAAAGAACAAAAAGAAAGCAAUAAAGUAAGUCAUUACCAUUUCCCAUAAUACACUCUGUUUGGCUUCCCAAACUCUGUUUACAUGAGUUAUUGUUUCCAAAUGUUCUUGGAUGAUGCAGUCCUCCCGGGAGUAUUUUGUAAUCGUAGUUUAUGCAAAAUUUCGGCGUUAAACAGAGUCUGUUACUGGGGAUUAGAAACUACAGAAUUGGGCGGGGAUUUCGGAGCCUUUCGACUCGUUAUUAACAAUUCAACAUGCCUGUGUGUGUUUUUUUGUUUGUUUGUUUGUUUGUUUUCAACGAUAACAGCGGCACACACAUACAUACAAUGACAUCUUGUGGCUGGCAAGAUGGUGAUAACCAUGCUGACCAGUUUCGUAAGUUUAUAGAUUGCUAAGUUUGGGUUGUAAAUAUUUCACCAGCAUUAACUCUCGUGAAAACGAAAAGGAAUGCGAAAUAACAAUGGACGUUUGGCAGGUUGCAAGGUUAGCCCGAUUUUUUCAUUUUGAGAGAGCUGAAAAUUUUACAGCUGCCUGGAAAAUAAGACAUUUAAAGGCGGGAAAAUAUGACGUGUGGUUUUCUCUUAAGCCUUGUUUUAAAAUAAUUAUCCAGAUUUUUUUAUGGCCUUAAACAUUUGGGACGAUUGAAACGAUCGACACGAUCUGUGUCAUUAUUUGGAAACCAGUCGACAGACCAGACCAUGUGUAGACCUCAGUUCUAUCUAAGCGGUUAUGGUCACCCCGAUCGUCUGGAUCGUCCCACAAUUCAUCAGAGUUGAACGACGUUUUCCCCCAUGGAAUCGUCUCGAUCGUCUGAACACGAUUGUAUAUGUACAAGUCAAUCCAAUCUUAAUUUGACAUGUUCCUGUUUUUACGGAAUUUGUAAAGGCGGCAUUAGAGGACGCUUUGGCCGAAGAAAGAAAAAGAGGGAAAGAAUUUGCUGAGGAAAUCAAAGAUGAAACCAAGAAAGAAAUGCUUCAAUACAUACGAGCAAAACAAGAGGUUAGAAGUCAUGUCUAGUUUCUUGACGUUACAACUUAACUAGCGGACAUUUUUUUAUUCACACCUUAAGUAACUUUAUCCAGAAAGCCCAGUAUAUUAUAGCAAUGGGUUGGUUAAGUCAUAGUGUGUUUCCUACAAAAAGCCCCUCCCCGAAAAUAUUUCCAUAAUUUUAAGGUGCAAAUAAUUGUCCCUUUUUAGAAAGUCCAUACGUCUUCAAAGAGGUCUCCAUUUAAGUCGGCUAAGGAAGAAAAUUUGUUGCACGUACACAAUAUUGACUAACUUCUUAGCCUGCGAGAACAGGCGACUUUGAAAAAUGCGCUAAUAACUUGCGAAUACAGCCGUCUCUCCUCGCUCUUCGCAGCUGCGGCCGUAAUCGCAGGCUAGCCACUAAGUACUAGGCAGAUUCUUCAGAUCUUCCGACGGUCAUCAUGUCCCAACGCAAGUAGGAUUUCUCCCAGGACACUUGACAUAUUUUAGGGUGACAUUAGGGCCAUUUAGUAAGAGGAAAAAUAAGACGCGUCUCACAUAAGACGCCAACUUUCCGUAUAAACGGCACAUUUCGUCUAAAAUAAGACGCGACUUAGCUAAGACGCGUCUUAUUUUAGAACAGCCCUCAACACCUGUUCUUGGAUAAGACGCGUCUUAGCUAAGACGAGAAAAACUUUGUAUAAAUGACCUUCGCGUCUUACAUAAGAGGCGAACGCAUAGUACGCAUGCGUUCAUUUUUGGUGGGAAAAUUUUCGCUUGCUCCGCGGCGGACUCGCCGGCUACUGGCAGGGAAAAGUUGUUGACAAAUUACAACGCGUUUUCGUUUCCUUGGAUUGCCAUCUAUUCUUUUUCUGUUCUAGACUUUUAAGCUUUAUUUGUUUCUUUGCUCAAGUAUAAUGAGCACACUGACAAAGGCAAAACGAAAAACGUGGUACACCGCUGAAGAUAAGGAUGUUUUGUUGAAAUGCAAGGAGAGGGCAAUAGCAGACCUCCUGGAAGACUCACCCGUUUUCAUGAAAAAGGUCUUCAAAAUAUUGCCCCUGCGGCAAAUUGCCAAAUACGCGAAAUUUAUACGAGCUGUUUUCGUCUUAGACGAGACAUGCUCGUGUAAAUGGUACAGUUCGCGUUUUAUUUAAGACGCGUCUUAUUGUUCCUCGUAUAAAUGGCCCUACUGGCUGAUGACCCACUGUUAUUUAAGCCUCUGAAAUUUUGAACCUGCACAAAUAAAAUAGAACACCAUGUUUUACUGCUAUUUGUUAUUAUUACUACAUAACAAUUACAAUUUCUAUUAUUAAAUUAAAACUUUUUAGCGCAAUGAAUUUUCUAUAGUGCAUGAUCAGAUACUCCUUACCCCUUUACAGUAAGAUAAGUGACUAACAAUGUUUAAUUAAAAAUUUACAAGCAGUUAAGAACACUAAAAAAUCAGUAAAAAAUAAAAUAAAGAACUAAAAUACCUUAUUACCAAUUUUAAUGUUUAUUUAAAAAGAUACGUUUUAAGAUGGCAUUAAAUUUUGAAAUUUUAUCAUCAUCAUCACCAUUAUCAUUAUCAUUACUUUAUUUCUUAAUGUUGUCAAUACCUUUUUUGGGUCUUUCUUGCAACAGGCUGACAGAGCUGCCCGACAAAAGCAUCUUCAUGGUUUGGACUUGUUUUUAGAGAGUGCAAGGGCUCAACUGAAAGCACUUAUGGACGACCAAACUGAAUUAGAUCCAAGCGAAACGUCUGGACUCUAACCUGUCUUAGAUUUUUAGCUUACCAACAUACGUAACACAAAAUAAGCGAUAAUGUAGGCCUGGUCGUAUAGCGUUUUAAAUCCGUUCACGUAAUAACUGUAAGGAAAGAUAGAACAUACGUUUUGCUCUUCCAGCCGAGAGGAAAUUUGAAUGCCCCCCGCCGCCCCUA